AUGGAGCCUGAAAUAAACUGUUCUGAAUUGUGUGACAGUAUUCCUGGCGAGGAGCUGAGUUGGAGUCCUCUUCAUGAUCUCUGCAGGACAAUUACCUCUUCCCACUAUAGCAGUAAGACCAUUUCUUCAUUAUCUCCUGUCCUCUUGGGUAUUGUUUGGACCUUUCUCAGCUGUGGACUUCUUCUGAUAGUCUUCUUUCUUGGCUUCACAAUUCGCUGCAGGAAUAACAGGAUUGUGAAGAUGUCCAGUCCCAAUCUGAAUAUUGUGACCUUACUUGGCAGUUGUCUGACUUACAGUAGUGUUUACCUCUUUGGGAUUCAAGAUCGAGAUGCUUUAGUGGGAGGCUCAAUGGAAACUCUCAUUCAGAUAAGACUAUCCAUGCUGUGCAUUGGGACCUCCCUUGUAUUUGGCCCUAUUCUGGGGAAGAGCUGGCGACUCUACAAGGUGUUUACCCAGAGGGUCCCGGACAAGAGAGUGAUAAUCAAAGACCUGCAGCUACUGGGGUUAGUAGCAGCCCUGGUGAUAGCUGAUGUGAUCCUGCUUGUGACGUGGGUGCUGACUGAUCCCAUCCAGUGCCUCCAGAUUCUCGGUGUCAGUAUGACGGUGACAGGGAGAGACGUGUCCUGCUCUCUGACCAGCUCACACUUCUGUGCUUCCCGGUACUCUGAUGUCUGGAUUGCUCUUGUUUUGGUGUGCAAGGGCCUGCUGCUGCUCUACGGUGCCUACCUGGCUGGCCUGACUGACCACGUCAGCUCUCCUCCUGUGAAUCAGUCUCUAACCAUCAUGGUUGGGGUCAACCUCGUAGUAGUGGCUGCUGGGCUUCUCUUCGUGGUCACUAGAUACUUGCACUCCUGGCCCAACCUGGUCUUUGGACUCACAUCUGGAGGUAUCUUUGUUUGCACAACCACGAUCAACUGCUUCAUCUUCAUUCCCCAGCUGAAGCAGUGGAAGGCAUUUGAAGAGGAAAACCAAACAAUCAGACGCAUGGCCAAAUAUUUCAGCACUCCCAGCAAAGGCUUCCAUACCCAGUAUGGUGAGGAGCAGAACUGCCAUGCCGAAGGAGAGAGAAACUCCAUGGACAGACUCCUCACAGAAAAAAAUGCUAUGAUUGAAAGCCUGCAGGAACAAGUAAACAACGCCAAAGAGAAGCUAGUGAGGCUGAUGUCAGCUGAGUGCACCCUCGACCCCGCAGAGUGGGCUGUCCCUCCUGCCUCCUCCCACAGCAAGAACAUCCUGGUUGCAACCUCUGCCCAUAGCCUGGUAGGUCAGGGGCCUUCAGAAUGCCUCUCUGACUCUCAGAAUGAUACCAAUGUGGUUGCCCAGGAAUUCCAGUGCACAAGUGUACAAAGCCUGGAGUGGACUGUGAAGGACCCCAGCUCCUCCCCAGGGCAGAAGGAGAAAACGUCUAACUUGAAAGAUGUUUCUGAUCAUUUAAAUUUGGGCUGCAGCCAGAAGCCACGGCCUGAGCAAAGCCAAGGAGCAGAAAGACAAGACCAAGUACUCAUGAACGCCCCCCAGAAUCUCAUACCAGGGGGAGAAGGCCCCGUUCCCCAGAGACAGGGGCAGCUGGAGAACUCAGAGGAACCCCGAAAGCGGCUAUCAAGGGUCAAUUCAGUGAUCAGGGAGAAGCUUCAGGAAAUCUUACAAGAUCUGGGCCUGGGCCCUGAACCUCCCCUCCCCUCUUCCCUGUCCUAUCCACAGCAGCCCUGGAAGAGCAGUGCUGCCCACAGCUUCCAGAAGAUUCCCCUCACCAAGGAGCUUGGCUUUAGCCCAUACAUGGUGAGGAGAAGGCGGGCCGCGCUGCAGGCUCGCUCACAUUUUCCAGGCUCUAUACCUUCAUAUGUGGGGCAUCGUGCAAAUAGGACUGUUUCUGGGGCAUACAGUGGGCGGCUAAAUGUGCGCAGUAGGGACAGUGUCUGCCUGGAUCUCCAAACGGCUGAUUCCAGAGUCCCAAAUUCCUCUUCCAGGAAGACUUCACUACUCCCAGAUCCUCAAGGCAAGCCGGACACCCUGGAGGGCAGCAAACAAAGCCACACAGAGCCCCAGGGUGCCGGAGGGAGCCAUGCAGCCUUUCCCCACCAGCCUUCUGGCUCUGACCGGGCACCGUGUCCUGCUGCCCCACACCUAUCCAGAGCCUCACCAGACAUUCUGGAGCAGCGGCAGCUGCUGCCCCUGGGAUUCCCACGCUGUCCCUCCAUGUCCCCUCCAUGCAGCUACCUUGACACUGAGUCCAGCAGCUCAGACGAGCUCUUCUGCCGCUGCCACCGGCCCUACUGUGAAAUCUGCUUCCAGAGCUCCUCUGAUUCCAGUGACAGUGGCUCAUCAGACACCGACCCUGACCCUGCUGGGGGGCUGGCUUCCUGGGAGAAGCUGUGGGCCCGCUCAAAGCCUAUUGUGAACUUCAAAGACGACUUGAAACCCACACUGGUGUGA